CCUUUUUGGCAAUCAAACUAUUUAACAAUUAAUUAACUAAAUUUUUUAAGUAGGUACUUCCAAUUUUUAAAUCAAUUAAAAAUCAAUGUCACAUGAUUAUUACAAUGAAGUAUGGCUCGUCACAAGAAGCGAUUUGGAAAAAUUAUUGGAAUUGGAUAGAGAUCUACAAAAACACAAACCUAUAAAGCACAGAGAAAAUGCUUUACAUCAUGCUCUAACUCUUUACAUAAGAUAUCGAGAUUUGGUAAGAAGACUCAUAAUAUGUUAUAAUCAAAUGAUUCAAACGCAAAAACGAGAAUUAAUUAAACGAAUACUUGAUUGUGCGAUUGGUCGAAUGCUCCAGUGCAAAGGAGAAGUUGUUAAAUUAGAUUGCUCUCAUUUCCAGUGGACAGAUGAUCUUUUAUGUCAAUUAAAAUUAACGCCAGAUGACAUAAAUAUCCCUAUGUUGAUAGUCGAUAAAACUCAUGCUUUAGAACGUAGAAAAUUAAUCGAGGAGUUAAAAAGAUAUGAGCCCGAAAAACCUCUUUUAAUAAGAGAACGGAGUCUUUCGCAAGUGGCAGCGGUUAGUUUGAUGGAUAUCGAAGAUACCCCGUCGAAAAUGCAAUUACGUAGAAGAAGACUCAGAGCUGCCGAUACCUCAGCGAUAAUUAUAGUAGAAACACCUGAGCAAAGGAAAGCUAGGGAAGCUCGAGAAGCUCGAGAACGUGCUGAAAAGGCUAUGUAUGACGCAGUGCUUUUGAUACAAAGCCAUGAAAGAGCUAGAGUUGGACGUCGUAUUGGUCAAGAAGCUCUAGUUAUGUAUAAAUAUAAAAAAAAAGUUCAAAUCGAUGAGACGAAUGCAUCAACGAAAGUCGAUAAAGAAACAUAUAAUAAAGCUGUUGUCAUCAUACAACGUGCUUGGAGAAGAUAUGCAGCUCGAAAAGAUUUUAAAAGAAGAAUCAAUCAUUUGGAAGAGUUAUUGGAUAUGACGAUUCCAAGUUGGAAACCUCAAGAUAUUUCUAAAAGAGACGAAGAAAAUUUUCAAAAUAGAUUAGAAAUUAUGCCAAUUUACGCCUCAGAAACUGAACAAAUUACCCAAGAUGAAUCUAUUAGGUUAUUAAAAAUGGUGGGGCCUGGAUUAAUAGAAGAUAUCACUGAUGAAAUUCAUGAAUGGUUCAUCGUCUGGUAUAAUACGCUUGGAUAUUUUGAUGUUUAUCCACGAGCAGAAUUAGGUGGUAGCAUUCUGAUAGUUACCGGACAGACUAUGGAACCAGAAGAAUAUCUUAUGCAACAGAUGCAAAAGAAGAUAGAUGCAAAAUCCAAAAAACAGCAAGAAAAAGCAAAGGAACCAAAGCCAAAAACGGAGCAUGUCGUAGAAGGAUGGUUUAUGCCGGAAACUUCAUUAUUUACCUGUUUAGAAACAGCUAAUAAUGAAUUUAUCGAAAAUUGGAGUUAUCGAGAUGAAUCUUCUAAUCCGUUACAAAAACCUUAUCUCGAUUUAAUAACCGAUAAACUUUGUUAUGAACUUCAAUUUGAAAUGCGACUGAUCGUUGACGAACUUAUGAGACUCGAAUUAGAGAAAUUGAACGAAGCUUUAUUGAAAGAUUAUGCUUCCGGUAAAGUAGUCAUUCCUGUAGAGAGGCCAACUGCACCAAGACGAAAAAAGGGUCGAAAAAAACGCAGAUCAAAAAAGGAUCAUUUGGGUGAUAUUUCUAUAGACGAACUUUUCAAAGAAUUAGUACAAAAAGAUAUCAUACGAAAUUAUUCAGAAAGAAGUCUGAAAGAUUGGUUCGGUGACAUUGGUUACCAAAAUUACGAAGCACAUUCUGAAUUUCAAGACCAUUAUCAUCGGUUAGGGGACAUCAAACAAAUUAUUAUGGAAUACUGUGUAUUACCCCUCUCUUCUAAAGAAAUACAUACUAUAGCACCCUUAAUACGAUCCAUUUGUAUCUGUGGUUUACCGGGAUAUGGUAAAACGUUUCUAGUCGAUGCUAUUUGUUCGGAGGUUGGUGCACUCUUAUUCGACAUGACACCAUCGGUGUUGAUUAAUAAAUAUAUUGGUAAGAAAAAUGAACGAAGAUUAAUGGAUAUCAUUGGCAAAUUAAGUCGCUUUUAUGCACCUUCCGUGAUAUUUAUUGAUGGUGGCGAGAAACCAUGGUUGAAAAAAGUUCCAUUAAACGAACGAUAUAUUCAACCAAGACGAUUUGUUAAACAUCAUGAAAAAUUUAUCAAAAGUAUUAAACCAGGUGAUCAGAUUUUGUUCCUUACUAUUUCCUCCGAACCUUACAAAGCGAAAGGUGGAUUUAUAAAAGCUCACAAUAUAUUUAUAAUGAUACCUCUCACCGAUUACAAUACUCUAUACAUGUAUUACAAAUAUUUAUUAAUGAAAUAUCAUGGGGUAGAUAGAAACAUAGACGUUUCUUGUCUUGCUAAAAUGUCCAUUGGUAUACCUUUGGAAUUUAUACGAAAAUCUAUCGAGAACGUAUUAACGCUUAAAAGAAGAAUUAUAUUGAAUCGCGAACCUUUAUCGCAAAUGGAAAUUAUGGGAGAAGUGUGGAAAUACGAGCCAUUCUCUGAAAAAAUCAUUAGUACAUAUACAAAUUUCGGGAAUAAGAUUCCUCUUGCUAAAAAACGAAGAAAGAUGAUCGCUGCAGAGAAGAAAGAACAAGAUAAAAUAGCUACUUUGAAAGCAAUGCAGAAGAGAUAAAGAGAACUAAUAUUGAAAAAAUAUAACAGAUUGAAAGAAAUUCGAGAAAUCAAAGAUCGAAUGGUUUCUUCUUUCUCUUGUGUACCGGCGUUCUCCAACGCUCUAAAGAAGUCCGGACGCGAAACUGGUUUUCAUCUUUGGAGAUGCUGAAAACGCUGAGAGCAUUCAUUGAAAAAACAAUCAAGAAUCGAUGCAGGUUGUUACCAUGAAAGUUACGUGUUUAUCGACUUCAUUAUUUCUUAUCUGUUCGUUUGAAAUAUUAUAUCUCAAAUGUCUCAAGAAAUUUCACUUACGUCCAAAAUCAAUAAAUGAUAUUCAGUCUUGUAUCCUGUCGAAUAAAAGAAGAACAAAAAAUAGAAGAAAAGAAAAGAAAAGAAAAAAAAGAGAGAAAA